CUCAGAUGAAAUAGUCAGAAUGGGUGAGAGUAGGAAGCAGAUGUUUCUGCUUCUGAUAAUUAAUACAGUACAUUGCUCUGACUUCUGGAAUUUGUCUAGGAGCAUUUUAGCAGGGUUGGAGACUCUCAAACAGAGUUAAUAUUUACCUAAGACAGUCCUGUGUGCUAUCACCUGCUCCAUCCCUUCCCUGGGCUCUAGCUAGAGCUGUGUCCUUAUGGCACCCUGUUACCUUACAAUGCCAAGAGUCUCAGAUGGUAAUAACUGUACACCAGGACCUCUUUGGAACAGGCCAGCUGAUCAAAGCUACUGAUCUGAGCCUUGACCCAGCUGCUUGCCAGCACUCUGCUUUGAAUGCUGCAGUCAACAGGGUUAUCUUUCAGAUGGGGCAGCAUGAAUGUGGCAGUGUGCUGCAGAACCUGGAGGUAUUAUUGGUGUGCUGCCCUAGAUUUGGCAGGGUUCUCAGCACAAGUGCAAUCACAGGCCGAGCGGACCCAUGCAAGCUGGAACAAGAAGCACAGUACAGACAGUCUGGUGGUCUGUGCCCUUUGUUUACUCCUCCUGAAGAUGACACCAGACUCCUUGGUUUACAGCACAAACCUUUAUUACAACCCAUCUGCUGAAAAGAACUCUAUUAUCUUAAGAACAAAUCCAGCUGUGAUUCCUAUUGAGUGUUGUUAUCCAAGUUGGUCACCUGUGGAAGGCACCAGGAAUAUCUGUAGCUGCUGUGAGACGGGGACUGUGGGUCACUUGGAGGAUAAUCCAGAAGAUGUAUCCCUCUGCAUAGACCCUGGAGGAGAGAUGUGUCUUCUAGUCAUGUUCUUCAAGACUUCGCUGAAGUACAGAAAAUUAUUGCCCUAAGGCAAAACUAGAUCUGUGCAGCAAUGACAAAUGAUUUAGGGACCCAUGACUCUCCUGAAUCAAGUUUUCUCAAAGAUUAAAAAGACAAACAAAAAACCAAACACUUAGCAAAGACGAUGCUGCUCCACAAGGAAAAACACUUCUCUCCCAGACUGGUAGAACGCACUCUUGGUGAGGGCAAAUGAUCCUUCUGAACAACUGUCUUUUCUGCAGCUAUGAAGAUCCUUAUAAUGUUGCCCUUAUAAUAAAAAGGAUUCAUUAUUAUUUCCAACGAAAGUGCUGAGCACUAAUUAAUUAUGUUGAGAUGAAAGUAUUUGCUGUAUUUAGAAAAAAAUCUUCUGUGCAAUGUUUAAAAGAUCAUCUGAAAAAGGAAGCAAAUCAGUUUGUAUAAUCAGUUUUGGACAUUGUUUUGUAGCUAAAAUCAUAUUAAUUAAAGCACAAAUCACAGAAAUUAGAAAAAGGGUUCUUGGCUUACAAAGGAUAGAGUAUUUUAGAGCUUUGAGCAAAUUUAUUUUGCACAGUUUAAUUUAUGCAUUGAUUUUUCUUCCAAAUGUUAUGAAUACUUCCCUUAUGUCUGCUUUUGCCUUCCUUUGUCUCUGUCUGUGUCUCUUCAUAGACCAUUCCUGGGGCCAACUGAUAACAGUAAUGACUUUAUAAAGGCCAGUAGCCCUGGCUACAUUUCUUGCAUUUUUCAUUAUCAUCAUCAUCAUUAUUCAGGCCCUGAAGUUACUUAAAAAAAAAUCCUAAUCCCAUCUCCUGCAAACAGUCUUCCCAGCACCCAAUGUAAAACUA